AUGCCAGGAGGGUUACUCACGGCCGGGUGUGCCCUGCUACUGUCACUCGGUGCCAUGGCAGAUGAUGACUGGCCAUACAUGACCCUGCAGACUGCUCCGUACCAGCCUCCUCAGAUCCAAAUCACCAAGAGUGGCACCACCGACCCGGGCUAUCUCUUCGUUGGGCCCCGCGGCAACCAGCCGGCAGGCACGGCGGCGUUGAUCUACGACGAGGACGGCAACCUGGUCUACCAGGGCCCGGACGAGGUGACGGCCAAUUUCCGGGUCCAGACGCUGUUCAACCAGGACGUCAUCACCUUCUGGGCCGGCAACAUGACGGACCUGGGGUUCGGAUAUGGUGCCGUCCAUGUGCUCGACAACACCUACCGCGAGAUCUACACGGUGACCCUGCAGGGCAACUUUGUGACGCCGGACAACAGCGUCCCGGAUUCGCACAUUGAUCUGCACGAGAGUCACAUCACCGACCGCAAUACCUUGCUGGUCACGGCCUACAACGUCACCCAGCAGUCCCUGACGGCGAUCGGGGGCACGCCGGAUGAUUACAUGCUGGACAGUCUGUUCUUUGAGAUCGACAUUGCGACCAACGAGAUUGUGCAUUCGUGGAGCGCCCUGGAGCAUGUCGAUCAGAUUGCCUUGACGGACUCCAAGCAGGGGAUUGACGACGAUCAUGGAACGCAUGAGCAGCCGUGGGAUGCGUAUCAUAUCAACUCGGUGGAACUGUUUGACGACGGGUAUAUCAUCUCUCUGCGUCACUACUGGUCGGGCUACUAUGUCCACAACAAUGGCACGGUGAUGUGGCAAUUCAGCGGCGAACUGGGCAAGGGCGACUUUCAACUGGACCCGGCCGGCGUCUUCUCCUGGCAGCACGACAUCCGCGUCUACAACCGCACCGAACAGGGCAUGAUCCUGAGUCUGUUCAACAACGCCAACACCCCCACCGAGACUGUUGCGGCGACGACCGGUCUGAGCUAUGCCGUGGAUCUGGUCCACCGCAAGGCGACGACGCUGCGCACACUGAGCGACGCCAGCGACGUCAUCCACGCCGUCAGCCAGGGCAACUACCAACUGCUGAGCCCGCAGUCGUCUCACGUCGUGCUGGGCUACGGCUCCAUCGCCAAGAUCAAAGAGUUUGACGCCGACAACAAGGAGGUCCUGACGGCCCAGUUCGGCACCGACAACGAGGUGGCCUCGUACCGCGGUUACAAAUGCCAGUGGAAGGCGACCCCGUUCUGGCAGCCGUCUAUCGUCGUUCGCCGGGUGUCGGAAGAUUCUGCCCAGGUUUUUGUCAGCUGGAACGGCGCGACGGAGUACGACAACUGGGCCGUGAUGGCCGCGGACGCGCCGGACUCUGUGAACACCACGAUCGUCACCACCUUCAAGCGCACUGGCUUUGAGACGUCUGGCACGGUCCGUGGGUUGCAGACGGCGUAUCUCCAGGUGGUUGCUCGCAAGGGUGACAUUCCUCUUGGCAUGUCGGCCAUUGUCAGUUUUUAG